CACAGAUUACUAAACAGAGGUGUAGCCAUUUUGAUUAAACCAUUGUUUAUUAUUAUUGGCUAAAUACAUAAAUAUGAAUUUACAAUUGGUUAAAAAAUAACAAAGCUAAAAGAAAAAAAUAAUAGCCAAUAGAAAACCAGUAAAUGCAAUGGGGUUGUAUAAUUUUGACAACAAUAAUUCUGAGCGAGCCUCCUCGUUUCACAUAUUGACACCAAAAUUGACUUGACACAAAAUUUGUCAAAAUACCGUAUAAACAUAAUUGCCUCUAUCUCCAUUGUUUCUUUUACGUUUUCUUCUGUCUUCCCCGGGUUUGUUUUAUCCAUUGUUUGGUAUAUUUUCGUGUAGAACAGUUAUAAGUUGAUCGUCACAUCGUCAGCACAGAGUGAGUGAGUAAAAUAGUAUCAUCGCUCUAGUAGUCUUGACCUUAUGCCAUCGGACUCUCGAUGUUUUAUGUUGUGUAACGACGCCAAAAGUCUAGGAAGAACGAUGCCAAGUUUUAUAUCAACAACCUCGGACCUAGAAUAAAUAAGUUUUUCAUACACGUAUGGUCACAAGAAAUCGUGUACAGGUGCACUAUACGAAACAAUAGUCGACAUCUGUAUAAAUAGAAACCUAACAAUACUAAAGAAUCUCGUAUAAUGAGAACCUCAUAGCAAUUAAUUGUGAAGUGCACAUGAAGAAUAAGUCUCAAUGUUAUAAAUUGAUGAUAAGAUGAGUGAGGAGGUGCAGGAUGACGGGAGCAGGAACAGCGCGUCGCUCGACGAGUCGGACGCGUCGGGGGCCGAGUGCGCUACGCUCGAUGCGUCCACCAACAUCUCACAGACUACAAUCAGCCAGAUGACAGCAAGCUCUGUGACGGCCACGGAGGGUGCCAAGUGGUGCUGUCAUGUGUGCACUUAUGAAAACUUCCCUCUCUCACGAAAGUGUACCAUGUGCCGCAGUCCCAAAUCCGUGGUCAACGAAGAUAUCUUCAGGCUGCAAGACGGUGCCAGUGCUCUACCCACCCAAGAAAUCUGUGGUGCGGAGGCAGUGACGGAGCGCCUGAAGCCGCUGCGGAUAUCUUCCCCGCAGGGCGCCAGCGCAUCGUCCGUCGCCAAGUGGUCAUGUCCGGUAAGUACAGCCCUGCGCGGCGCCAGCCAGCGCGCGACCCUUGUUGACGGCCCCUGUGUGCAGACGUGCACCUACGACAACUGGCCGCGCGCGCUCAAGUGCGCCAUGUGCGGCACUACCAACCCGGCCGCGCCCCCCGCGCCCCCCGCGCCCGCCCCCGCCGCGCCCCCGCCCGCGCCCGCGCCGCAUCCCGCGCACCCUGCGCUCGGUAUCAACGACAUCUGCAACAGUCAGAGCGAGUCCAUCCACGAGCUGGACGGCGCGCGCCGCUCCAAGCGACGCAACACCACGGACUGGAUGUGGCUGCAGGCCUGCCUGGGCGUGGUGGAGGGCGACGCGCGCUGCGUGGACGCGUACCUGGCGGGCGGCGGCGACCCGGCGCGCGCGCUCACGGCCGCCGAGGUGGCGCUGCUGGACCGCGCCUCCGCCUUCGACGCCGGACACACGCUCGUGCACCUCGCCAUCAGGUACGGCCCGCCCACGCCUGCGCGCUCUCUCCUGCAAUGCUUCAGUACGUCUUGUGUUUCAGAUUCCAGCGACAAGAGAUUCUAUCGACGCUUCUGUCACGGAUAUCAGGCGGCGGGCCCGGUCUCAAGAGAUCUCCUUCCUAUAUCGUUUUUUGUAAAUGUUAAAUCCUCGGUCGCAGCGCCCGACCUAGCGUCGGCCAUCCGCCGCCACAUCGCGAGCACGGUGCGCUACAAGAAGGGAGGCUUUCCCGCGCGGUACAUCGGAGAGUUCUGCACGUUCUACCUGCCGGCCGAGAUAUCGGAGCUGCCGGCCGCCAUCCAGGACCAGCUGUUCUCGGAGCUGCUGGACCGCGAGGCGCAGGCCACGCUGGAGGGCGCGCGCCCGCCGCUGCUCAACUGGCGCGGCUCGCGCCUGUACGCGCUGUGGAACCGGUCCGCCGGCGACUGCCUGCCCGACGCGCUGUGCCAGGCCGCCUGGGGCGUGGCCGACCGCCACAACACGCUGCGCGCCGCGCUGGCCGACGCGCUGGCGCAGCGCGGGCUGUACGCGCGCUGGGCCGCGUGGGAGCGCGCGCAGGCGGCGCGGCUGCAGUACGCGCCCAGCGAGGCGCAGCUGCGCGCGGAGUGGGCGCGCCUGGCGGCGGCGGCGGCGCGGCCGGGCCAGGCGCUGCACCAGCUGCACGUGUGGGCGCUGGCGCACGUGCUGCGCCGCCCCAUCGUGGUGUACGGCGUGGACGUGGUGAGCUCGUUCCGCGGCGAGGCGCUGGGCUACGCGCGCUUCCGCGGCCUGUACCUGCCGCUGCAGUGCGAGCCCGAGGCCUGCAGCACGAGCCCGCUGGGGCUGGCCUACACGCGCGGCCACUUCUCUGCGCUGGUGGCGCGCGCGCGCCCCGACCGCGCCGCCGCGCUGCCGCUCACCGACGCCGACGGCAAGCUCUUGCCCAUGUCGGACCCGGAGAGCGUGGUGCGGCGCUGGGUCUGCGCCGGCGAGUGGCGCGGCAUGCUGGCGGCGCGCCAGGCGCUGCCGCCGCGUCCGCUGCUGCAGGCGCAGUUGCUGGAGGAGUGGCUCAACCACUACCGCCGACUGGCGCAGCAGACGCGCGGGCCAGCGCCGCCGCGGCUGCAGGCGCCCGACUUCUCCAGCGACGCGGACGUGGACGCCGACACGGACGACGAGUAG